UUAAAGUUAUCUUGACAGCUGAUAGACCGUACUUGACAGCUGACAGUUUACUUUGACAAACCAAAACUAAAAGCAAGUCAUUGAAUUUUAACGAAUGAAAUCUACAAAGAGAAGCGAGUAUUCUGUUCAAAACUGUGUUUUAUAAAUUAAUACAAAAUAUAUAUUCGAAAUUACCAUGUCUGCGAAUAGAGAAGAUACAUUACGUCAGUUUUGUGAUGUUACCGGUGCUGACGAAGAUCGCAGUAAAUUCUUUUUAGAAUCCUCAAACUGGCAAUUAGAUGUUGCUCUUUCAAGUUUCUAUGAGAACGGUGGUAAUGCAGAUGAGGCUCCAGCUAAUCCAACGAGUGCGGCAUCAUUCUCUGUUCUGCCAGACAGCGAUAUGGAAUCACCGCCCGUCUCACCUCAGGUACAAAAGUCCCAGAAAAAAGAAAAAAAGAAAACCUCAAAUACAAAGUUUGGGACCAUAGGAUCGCUGCAGCAGGAAAGCUCAAGCGAUGAGGAAGAAGGUCAGGCAUUUUAUGCUGGGGGCUCAGAACGGUCCGGGCAACAGAUCUUAGGGCCAAGUAAAGGCAGGAAAGAUAUCGUCUCUGAAAUGUUCAAGAGCGUCAGAGAGCGAGGAGCAGUCGUCUUUGAAGACGAACCAACAUCCAGUAGAGGCCGUGGUCGAGGGGGCCUCUUCGCCGGAGUUGGCUAUAGAUUAGGACAAACUGCAGAUGAUCACGAGCCAGUGUCUGCAUCGAAUCCACAACAACAAGAGCAAGUGAGACUGGUGAGACUGUGUCUGUACCGCGAAGGCUUCACGGUGGACGCGGGUCCGCUGCGCCACUACAGCGACCCGGAGAACGCGGAGUUCCUGAGCUGCAUACGUCGCGGUGAGAUUCCGUCGGAGUUGUCGGGGCAGGGGGUCUCGGUCCGGGUGAGCCUCGAGGACAGCAGACACGAGGAGUGUCCCCGGCACGUGGUCAAGCCGCAGGCCUUCGCCGGGAAAGGGCACAUGCUGGGCAGUUUCAGACACCGUACCGAUAUAUUUGAAGUUAAUGUGGUUAACAGUCCCACGCCCCCCACGGUGGGCGCCACAGCCGCCGUGGCGGGCGACCAGGCCGACCGCGCGGCCAACCUCCGCGCCGCACAGAGCGCCGUCACACUCGACGAAACGCAACCCGUCACUACGCUGCAGUUCCGACUGGCCGACGGCACCCGCAUCACGGGCCGGUUCAACCACAGCCACACGGUCGGCGCGCUGAGGGAGUUCGUGUCGCGAGCGGAGCCGGCGUACCAGCUGCGGCCAUUCAGUCUGCUGACGGCCUUCCCGAGCGCGGAGCUGGGUGACGACGCCGCGACCCUGGCGCAGGCGAACCUGCUCAACUCGACGGUCAUGCAGCGGCUCAAGUAGCGACACCAAUAGUUUUGUUGUAUUAAAACGGUCUUAUAUAAAAUGGAUUUUGAUUUG